AUGUCCUUUGCUUCAAGCCCUGGGCCUGGGUGGUUACUCUUUUCCUUUGGAAUGGGACUGGUAUCGGGGUCAAAGUGUCCAAAUAAUUGUGAGUGUCAAGCCCAAGAAGUGAUCUGCACAGGAUUAGAGUUAACCGAAUACCCCCCUGACAUACCUCUGGACACCCGGAGGCUGUUCCUGGAUGAUAACUGCAUCACUUUUUUGCCAGCGAUGACUCUAGGACUCCUCAGUGACCUUGUUUACUUGGACUGUCAAAAUAACCUGAUUCAAGAGGUGAUGGAUUAUACCUUCAUCGGGGUCUUCAAACUCAUCUACCUUAAUCUCAGCUACAACAACCUAACCUUGAUCUCCCCAUACAGUUUCUCCGUGCUCAGCAACCUGGUACAGCUGAACAUCUCCAACAAUCCUCACCUGUUAUCUCUUAAUAAGUACACCUUUGCCAACACCAGCUCUUUGAGGUACCUGGACCUCAGAAAUACCGGCUUGCAGACCUUGGACCAUGCUGCCUUCCACAACAUCCUAACACUUCAUACCGUGUAUCUGAGUGGAAACCCCUGGAAAUGCAACUGCUCUUUCUUGGACUUCACCAUCUUCUUAAUAGUGUCCGAUCUGGACCACCCAGAUGAUGCAAAUGCCACGUGCGUGGAGCCCACAGAGCUGGCAGGGUGGCCCAUCACACAGGUGGGGAACCCGCUCCGGUACAUGUGCAUCACACACCUGGACCGCCAAGACUACAUCUUUCUGCUGCUCAUCGGCUUCUGCAUCUUCUCCGCGGGCACUGUGGCCGCCUGGCUCACAGGCGUGUGUGCCGUGCUCUACCAGAAUGCCCUCCGCAAGUCGAGCGAGGAUGAGGCUGAGGACGAGCACGGGCAGAGGGUGGAAGUCAGCAGGACGAUUUUUCCACAUAGUGCUGACUCAGGCCAUGAUGGGUUCCCUCAGCUGAUUUAG